CGGUAGUGAGGCUCGGGAGUCCUCCGCUUGCGGGCGUCCUCCUGCCUUGGCUCCCGCCUGUCCCGGCCCCCCUUCCUGGGCGACGCCAGCGGGGCCUCUGCCCCGGCCCCCGGGCGGCACGAUGACCGACACCCGGCGGCGGGUGAAGGUUUACACGCUCAACGAGGACCGGCAGUGGGACGACCGGGGCACCGGGCAUGUUUCGUCGGGCUACGUGGAGCGGCUGAAGGGCAUGUCCCUGCUUGUCAGGGCCGAGAGCGAUGGUUCUCUGCUUUUAGAGUCCAAAAUAAAUCCUAACACCGCAUAUCAGAAACAACAGGAUACUUUGAUUGUGUGGUCUGAAGCAGAAAAUUAUGACUUGGCCCUUAGCUUUCAAGAAAAAGCUGGAUGUGAUGAAAUUUGGGAGAAAAUAUGUCAGGUUCAAGGAAAGGACCCUUCAGUGGAUAUCACUCAGGAUCUCGUAGAUGAAUCUGAAGAGGAGCGUUUUGAUGAUAUGUCAUCACCGGGUUUAGAAUUGCCAUCUUGUGAAUUAAGUCGCCUUGAGGAAAUUGCAGAACUUGUGGCAUCAUCUUUACCUUCCCCCCUGCGUCGUGAAAAACUUGCACUAGCACUGGAAAAUGAGGGUUAUAUUAAAAAGCUCUUAGAGCUUUUUCAUGUGUGUGAGGAUUUGGAAAAUAUUGAAGGACUGCACCACUUGUAUGAAAUUAUCAAAGGCAUCUUCCUCUUGAAUCGAACUGCUCUUUUCGAAGUUAUGUUUUCUGAGGAAUGUAUAAUGGACGUCAUUGGAUGCUUAGAAUAUGAUCCUGCUUUAUCACAACCACGAAAACACAGGGAAUUUCUAACAAAAACAGCCAAGUUUAAGGAAGUGAUUCCCAUAUCUGAUCCUGAGCUGAAACAAAAAAUUCAUCAGACAUACAGAGUUCAGUACAUCCAAGAUAUGGUUCUACCUACCCCUUCAGUCUUUGAAGAAAAUAUGUUAUCAACACUUCACUCCUUUAUCUUUUUCAAUAAGGUAGAAAUUGUUGGUAUGUUACAGGAAGAUGAAAAAUUUCUGACAGAUUUGUUUGCACAACUAACAGAUGAAGCAACAGAUGAGGAAAAGAGACAGGAAUUGGUUAACUUUUUAAAAGAAUUUUGUGCAUUUUCCCAAACGCUUCAACCUCAAAACAGAGAUGCUUUUUUCAAGACUUUGUCAAACAUGGGCAUAUUACCAGCUUUAGAAGUCAUCCUUGGCAUGGAUGAUACACAGGUGCGAAGUGCUGCUACUGAUAUAUUCUCAUACUUGGUUGAAUAUAAUCCAUCCAUGGUACGAGAGUUUGUCAUGCAGGAGGCACAACAGAAUGAUGAUGUAAGUAAGAAGUUAACAGAGCAAAAAAUAACCAACAAGGAUAUUUUACUCAUCAACCUCAUUAUAGAACAUAUGAUUUGUGAUACAGACCCUGAACUUGGAGGAGCAGUCCAACUUAUGGGCCUGCUUCGAACUUUAGUUGACCCAGAGAACAUGUUAGCUACUGCCAAUAAAACAGAGAAGACUGAGUUUCUGGGUUUCUUUUAUAAGCACUGUAUGCAUGUCCUCACUGCUCCUUUACUGGCAAAUACAACAGAAGACAAACCCAGCAAAGAUGAUUUUCAGACUGCCCAGUUGUUGGCACUUGUACUGGAGUUGUUAACAUUUUGUGUGGAGCACCAUACCUACCACAUAAAGAACUACAUUAUUAACAAGGACAUCCUCCGGAGAGUGCUAGUUCUUAUGGCCUCAAAGCAUGCUUUCUUGGCAUUAUGUGCUCUUCGUUUUAAGAGAAAGAUUAUUGGAUUAAAAGAUGAGUUUUACAACCGCUACAUAAUGAAAAGUUUUUUGUUCGAACCAGUUGUCAAAGCGUUUCUCAACAACGGAUCCCGCUACAAUCUGAUGAACUCUGCCAUUAUAGAGAUGUUUGAAUUUAUUAGAGUGGAAGAUAUAAAAUCAUUAACUGCUCAUGUAAUUGAAAAUUACUGGAAAGCGCUGGAAGACGUAGAUUAUGUACAGACAUUUAAAGGAUUAAAACUGAGAUUUGAACAACAAAGAGAAAGGCAAGAUAAUCCCAAACUUGACAGCAUGCGGUCCAUUUUGAGGAAUCACAGGUAUCGAAGAGACGCCAGAACACUAGAAGACGAAGAGGAGAUGUGGUUUAACACUGAUGAAGAUGACAUGGAAGAUGGUGAAGCUGUCGUGUCUCCAUCUGACAAAACUAAAAAUGAUGAUGAUAUUAUGGAUCCAAUAAGUAAAUUCAUGGAAAGGAAGAAAUUAAAAGAAAGUGAGGAAAAAGAGGUGCUUCUGAAAACGAAUCUUUCUGGUCGGCAGAGCCCAAGUUUCAAGCUUUCCCUCUCUAGUGGAACAAAAACUAAUCUCACCAGCCAGUCACCUGCAGCAAAUCUGCCUGGUUCGCCGGGAUCCCCGGGAUCCCCAGGAUCUCCAGGCUCUCCUGGAUCUGUCCCUAAAAGUACAUCUCAGACGGCAGCUAUUACUACCAAGGGAGGCCUCGUGGGUCUGGUAGAUUAUCCUGAUGAUGAUGAAGACGAUGAUGAGGAUGAAGACAAGGAAGACACGCUACCGUUGUCAAAGAAAGCAAAGUUUGAGUCCUAAUAAUGGCAACUGCCUCUGAUCAGUACCUGUUGAGAAAACUGGUUCUCUACCCCUCCCCCCUACAAAAAUCCACAACCAAGCAGUGGUCUCUUGUGAAUGACUGAUCCAGAUCAGCCUCCCACACUUGACUUCUGCUCAUCAAGUGCCAAUUCAAUGGAGCAGGAGGAGGGGAUAUUAUACAUUUAGGGGAAAGACUUAAGCCUUUGAGCUCUCCAGCUUGGACCACACAUUGCCCUUUUCUCAGGGAAGGAAAUGGAAACAAAAAGCCAACAGGGCAGGGGUUUUGUAAGUGGAACUCUGGAUUGACUGGUCAGUUGCUACAAUCAGAAUAUGCUUUCUCGGACCACGUUUGAGACUCAGAAGAAUAGGCUCUUGUGCCCUGAUUCUUCACUAGUUAAGAAUGCCAGCAGUUUCUUUGUAUAAAGAGACCUGCCUUUAAAAUCAUACAUUCUGAGCAUUUUAGUCAAGCUACAACAGGUUUGGAAAACCUCUUUGGGGGAGGGGCGAAUAUAAAGUUUCCUCUUUUUUAUCUGUUCCCUUUGCCCUUCAAACUGCAGAUUUUUUUUUUUUUUUUAAAGUGGGGAUUUGUCCCUACUUGAUUAAAGAUUGAGUGGAAUUCUA